AUGAUCCACUAUGCCCCCAUUGGAAUGUUCUUUGUCGCCUUUCUCCUCUUGCUUCUCGUCUCAGUCUCGCUCCCCGUCACAAAAACAAUAAAGUACUUUACACUCUCCCUCGACAUGACCUCUGGAACCUUUGCGACGGGCGUCAAGGGGUCUGUGAGCUUUGGAAAUUAUGGCUAUUGUUAUUCAGAUAUCAUCGUAAAAGUCGUCGGCAUCACCAACACAGUACCAGGCGAAUGCUCCAAGGUCAAACUGGGAUUCAAGUUUGAUCAACGUCUCGUAGACUUGCUCCGUCUGCAAGACUUGCAGGAUGCGAUCAACGGUGGCCUCACAUUUGCGCUGGUCGUUAACCCUAUUGCUUGCGGUUUUACCUUUCUCACCUUGAUCUUCGCCAUCUGGUUUGCGUUCCGACACAAGCACGGACUCGCACCGCUUAUUCUCGGAGCCAUUUCCGGACUCAUCGCAGCCAUUCUGGCAACUAUCGCCUUUGUCGUCAACUAUGUGAUCAUGAGUGUCACCAAGAAAAAUGUAGAAAAAAUUCAACGACAGCCUGCACCUCAGUUAUGGUCAAACGACCUGGAUGACCCUUGCCGCCAUGAUAUUGCUUUGGAUUGGGUUGGUCCUCUUCUGUAUCGUUGGCUUCCGUGCUCGACGCACAAGGCGCAAGGAAACUUAUUAAACGGACAUUUCAUGAUAACCCGAAUCAAAGAUCCUUGGACACUGUAG